AUGUCUACGGUACAUGUUAUUGAUGUUGAGAGUGGUAACUUGCAGUCUCUGACCAAUGCAAUUGAAUAUCUAGGGUUUAGAGUCCAAUUGAUCAAGGACUCCCAAGAUCCUGAACUGCUGAAAGCAGAAAAGUUGAUACUGCCAGGUGUUGGUAACUAUGGGCAUGUGUAUGAGAAUAUAUUAUCCAGAGGGUUUGAGAAGCCCAUCAGGGAAUACAUAGCUUCUGGCAAACCGAUCAUGGGUAUUUGUGUUGGUCUACAAGUUUUGUUUAAUAGCUCUACCGAAAGUCCCUCCAGCGGCGGGUUUGGCUAUGUGAACCAUAGACUAUCUCGCUUCAAUGAUGAUGAAAAGCCAGUUCCUGAAAUUGGCUGGAACAGCGUCAUCCCAGAAAAGGACUUGUUCUUUGGCUUAGAUCCUUACAAGAGAUAUUAUUUCGUUCACUCAUAUGCUGGUAUACUAGAUGCAGCAACAGAAUCAAGCUUGAAAGCUGACGGCUGGAGGAUUGCGAAGGCUAAAUAUGGUUCUGAGGAAUUUAUUGCUGCAGUUUACAAGGACAAUAUAUUUGCUACUCAGUUCCACCCUGAGAAAUCAGGUUUGGCAGGUUUGCAUAUAAUUGAAAACUUUCUAAAACAGGCACAUCCAGGGUUACCAGCUUACUCAGAGGAUGAAAAGUCCUUGCUUGGCAAUGAUUACUCAAACUAUGGAUUAACGAGAAGAAUUAUAGCGUGUUUGGACGUACGUACUAAUGAUCAAGGAGAUCUCGUUGUUACAAAGGGAGACCAAUAUGAUGUCAGAGAGAAAAGUGGUGACAACGACGUAAGAAAUCUUGGUAAGCCAGUUCAAUUGGCUCAAAAAUAUUAUGAACAAGGUGCCGAUGAAGUGACAUUUUUAAAUAUUACAUCAUUCAGAGACAGUCCGGUGAAAGAUACCCCAAUGCUUGAAGUGUUGAGACAGACUGCGAAAAAGGUUUUUGUCCCAUUAACCGUUGGUGGUGGUAUCAAGGAUAUCGUCGAUCCGGAUGGAACCCAUGUUAGCGCUCUUGAAGUAGCAAGUCUGUACUUCAGAUCAGGUGCUGAUAAAGUCUCUAUCGGGACCGAUUCUGUUUAUGCUGCAGAGAAAUACUAUGCGAAUGAAGGAAAAGGGGAUGGUACAUCGCCAAUUGAAACUAUCUCAAAAGCUUACGGUGCUCAAGCAGUUGUAAUUUCUGUUGAUCCCAAGAGAGUUUAUGUUAACGAUCCAAGUGAAACUAAAAACAAAACAAUAAAAACAAAAUUCCCUAAUGAGAAGGGACAAGAUGUAUGCUGGUACCAAUGCACAAUUAAAGGUGGUAGAGAGAGUAGAGAUAUUGGUGUUUGGGAACUAGCUAGAGCGUGUGAAGCAUUGGGUGCUGGUGAAAUUCUUCUAAAUUGUAUUGAUAAAGAUGGUUCUAACUCAGGCUAUGAUCUUGAACUCAUCAACCAUGCUAAGGAAGCUGUGAAAAUUCCCGUUAUUGCGUCUUCGGGUGCGGGAAACCCUGCACAUUUUGAAGAAGGUUUCAAGCAAUCUGCUGCAGAUGCUUGUCUGGGUGCAGGUAUGUUCCACAGAGAAGAAUACACUGUAAAUGAUGUAAAGGAAUACUUAUUGAAAAAAGGGUUGAAAGUUAGAGUAGAUAAAAACUAA